UUGGCAGGAGCAGUGUGGAUUCAGGGCCUAGAAAUCGAGAACCGACCACCAAAUGACAACACAGGAGGCGAGGAAACAAUGAAGAAGUAGAGCGACCUCCGACACUAGAGAAUUCACACAUGUUCCUGUUGUAGAUCGGACGAGGCUUCACAGGCAUGAAGAUCACAGGACACGAAAAGGAUCGUGGAUUUGUGAGCUCUCGCCAGAACUGAGGAGGUGAUCCGUUAAUAAUAUGUGAAUAGUGUUGCUGAUGAGUGGUUCGUGGCUGCAGGGCUGGUCCGUGUCCCCGCCUCGGCCUCAGGUGAGCCGGCUGCUGGGAGCAUGAGUGCCGCAUGGCUCUCUGCAGCGGGCUCUCUCCCAAAGGCCUCGGCAUGAAGUCUCCGAUGCUGCGAUGGCUGAUGCUGCUCUGCCUGAGCCUCCCCCUGUUGUUUUGGUUUGCACAUGUGAUCACACGGGACGGUCCGUCGCCUGUUCUGCAAAGCAGCGGGCUCAGGGGCUACGUGAGGAUCAGCCCCGGCGGGAUGGAGCAGUUUCUGCACAAGCACUGCAACCAGUGUGCCUUGGUCUCCAGCUCAGGUCAGAUGCUCAGAGCUGGCAUCGGUGACGAGAUUGACAGGUUCGCCUGCGUCAUCCGGAUGAACAAUGCACCCACGGAUGGGUUUGAGAGGGACGUGGGCAGCCGCACCAGUGUUCGGGUCGUGUCACACACCAGCGUUCCCCUGUUGGUGAAAAAUGAACAAUACUAUUUCCAGCAGUCGGCGGACACCACAUACGUGUUCUGGGGUCCUGAUAGGAAUAUGAGGCAGGACGGGAAAGGACGCAUCUUCAACACACUCCUGAAAAUAGCGAAGAAGUACCCGGAUGUGAAGAUCUACACUGUGACCAGAGAGAAGAUUCAGUACUGUGACAGUGUGUUCCAGAACGAAACCGGAAAAAACAGAAUGAAGACGGGGGCUUUUCUCAGCACUGGAUUUUUCACCAUGAUCCUGGCCAUAGACAUGUGUGAAAGAAUCCACGUGUACGGGAUGAUCGAUGAUAACUACUGCAGUCGGGCCAAUCACAGCGUUGUUCCCUACCACUACUACGAGCAAAACCGAGUCAACGAGUGCAGGAUGUACAAAGUGCAUGAGCACACCAAACGCGGGGGUCAUCGCUUCAUCACUGAGAAGGCCAUCUACGCCCGAUGGGCCACGCACCAUGAUAUCAAGUUUAAACACCCCUCCUGGAGUCUCUGAAGGAGGAAGCGAUAGUUCCCAGAUGUUUCCGAUGUUUCUCGACUGCUGUGGAAUUCACUUUUGCUGAUGUUCUUCUGAAUAUUUGCUGGAAAAGAACUUGAACAUGAACAAAAUUGGUUUGGCGAUGGUCUCCGGCUUUCACUUGAGAUUAGACUUUUUUUGAGUCAUUUGAUACUGGAUUAUAGUGGGAAAAUCUGCAAUCAUAGAUAUCAAGUAGUGCAUUUAAUUUCUAUGCCAGUGAAGAUUUUGACGUACGACCCUCAGUAUUACUGAAUAUCCCCAUUAUUUAAAGCCAUAUGUCAGUAUUCUGAUAUUAGCCACUAAAAGCAGUUUAUACCAAAGCUUAUACUUAAAUCUCUUCAUGCUUGUGCCUUGACAUUCAGUCUCAUCUCUAAACCUAACCCUAACCCAUCUUAGUCUCCAAUCUAGCCCCUGUCGUUUAAAACUACAAAAUGCACCUUAUGCAUAUUGCUGGAACUGAUAGAUAAUUUCACAAGUGCUCAGUCUGGUGUUUAUUUUCCUGAUUGAGAAUUAAUUGAUUAACCAGAGAUUUGUCAUUUUGCAAAAAAAAAAAAAACUUCAAUGAUUAAUUAAUUAUCUGAAAACGAUUGUGAUUAUGUUUCUGUGUAAUGUCUAAUUGUUCCGGCUCCAGUAUUGUUUCUCCUGCUCUCCUCCCUGACAUCUGGGCCAUACUGCGCCUCACAACUUGACAAAUACUCUGCACGGUCUGCCUGCCUCAGACCAGAGUCCAGCUCCAGCUAAAGUAAACCAAUGCCCUUGGACAGCCUUUUCAAAAAAGAAAACAAGUUUUUAAAGUGUUAUAUGUGGCCCAUUUCAUUUGCUUAUUGAUUCAAAUUUUUCUGCCCUCUGAUAUUUUUAAUGCUGUGGCCAUGGGCCUGAACUGUUGUUGCUCAAAUAACUAAACAGGAUACAAGGUUCUUGCUGUUUCUUUAUUUACAUUCAAGUACUUACUGUUGAGCUUGAAGCUUUUUACUUGCCCUCACAACAAGCAGUUUAAAUGUUGAACGUGUUAUUGUUAGUUUAAAAUUAAACUACACAUGUGGUUAUGUUGAUGUGAACAUUGAUGUUUCCAUAAUGUCCUGAGUGCCAUUUAACCCCCAGUGUGAUCAUUCAGUUUGCAGAGGUUUCAUGUGGCAUUGGUGGUGUAACCUUUCAAUCAAGUAUUCUGCUGCCUGUUAACAAUGAAAACUCAAGUGUUGCCUUUUCAGUUGCAUUGUGCUUUUAUUUUGUGACUAACUCCAAAGACUGUAAUAGUAUUUGCACUACUGUUCAAACUACUGUGUCAGUGUUUAACUGUACAUUUCAAACAUGCACUGUUUGAGUUCAAGUGUAUAAUGAUUUACUUUUUAGGAAGCAAACUUUUACGUAGUGAAUUGUGCAAAGUAAAAACUUGAAUGUAAACUCGACCACUGAGAGUGUGAGAUCGGUGUCAACACGUAUAAAUUAACUGUCAAACA